AUGGUGUUUUGGAAGGCAUCGUGUCCGGUCAGGGACCAACAUGUUUUCAUCACCGGAGGCAGCAAGGGGAUAGGAUUGGCGGUUGCCGAGGAGGUCCUGCGGCGGGGCGCGCGAGUUACGAUCGCGGCGCGUAACAGAGAUGAUCUGAGCAAGGCAAGGGCCAGCCUCGCCGCUGCCUGCCCUGCCUCACGGGGCAAGAUCCACACCGUCGCCGCAGACACCACCUCGGUUGACCAGCUCCACGCCGCAGCCCAGUCUGCAGAAGGCGCCCUGGGACCCGUGGACGUGGUCAUCUGCAAUGCUGGGCUAUCCUUGCCAGGGCUCUUUUCCGACUCCAGUCUGGAGAACUUCCAGAGGCAGGCGGACGUCAACUACCUGGGCACCGUGAAGACAAUAAAGGCGUUCCUUCCUGGCAUGCUGGAGCGAAGACAAGGCCACAUCUGCAUCAUCUCCUCUGCCCUGGCCAUCUGUGGGUUCGCGGGGUACAGCUCCUACGCCCCCACGAAGUGGGCCCUGAGGGGCCUGGCAGACUGCCUGAGGAACGAGCUGGCCGGCACCGGGGUUGGCAUGAGCAUCGGGUACCCGCCCGACACCCAGACCCCCGGCUUUGCCAGCGAGAAUGAGCUGAAACCCAAGCUCUGCCUCGCUGCCAAUGCGGCGCUGGGCAGCGAGGUCUUCCCGGCAGAGAAGGCAGGCAGGGUGGCUUGCAGCAUCGUGCAGGGCAUCGAGCGCCGGGCCUACCACAUCAGCUCACCCGAUUUUGGCCAGACCCUGCUCAUGGACUCCAUGACCUCGCUCAGCCCCAAGGUGCUGCCCCUGGCCCUGAGCGUCCUGCUGGCACCCGUGACCAACAUCGUGCUGUCCCUCCUGCGCUGGAGGAUGGAUCGCGCCGUUGUGAAGGCCAGGCAGGGCGGGGCCAGCUGA